GCCUGGAGCUUAACCCACUGCACUCAAUUGCUGCAGAAUGAUUUUCUUAAAGAGAAGGAAGUCAAUGUACUGCCCAUGUCGAUUUAAUUAGAAAAACAAAGAAGCACAGUGGACUGGCAGCAGUCUAAAAAGCUGCCCACUCCCAGAGAAGUAGGAUGAUCAGAGGAGCAGCAGCAGCCACCAGGGGUUUGCCUUACCUGCCUGAAAGGGGAAGAGUGGUGCUUCGUGUGUGGCAAGGUUGGGCACAUAUCAUCUAACUUGUUGGGAGAAGGAGCAGGUUGUCCAACCAAGACUGGAUGAGGCACCACAAAAAUGGAGGAGAAACAGGAGUCGCUGCUGCUCCUGAACACGAGAGAAGGGGGAGAUGGACCCUAUGAUCCUGCCAUGUGACCCCUGUGAUACAGGGGGAGUACUCCACUGUGGAGCAGAAAGAUAAGGAGUGGUGUGCCUACUGCUAUCGAUGUGGGCAUGAGGAGGUCAACCAGGACCACAGAUGAGGAGUAGGAUGAACCUGAAGUCCCACUGUUGCCUGGGGAGGCCUGCUCACCGUCGCCUGGGGAGGCUAAUUCGCCAUCAUCUGCUCGCUGUCGCCUGAGAAAGAAAAACAAAACCCUGUUGAAUCCCAGGUGAAACAAACAUGAAUAACUCCAGCAGCCAUCCCAACUGUUCCAUCAAUGACUUCAAGUACCACGUCUACCCUGCAACGUACUUAACUAUCUGGGUUGUUGGGUUUUUUGGAAAUGGUGUCUCCUUGAUCAUCUUCUGCAAGCCUAAAAAGAAAUGGAGUUCAGUCAACAUGUACCUGUUUAACUUGCUAAUCUCUGACUUAAUACUGGUGUGCGCUCUUCCCUUCCGCGUGACUUACUACCUGAUGGAGUCACACUGGAUUUUUGGGGAUGCCAUGUGCAGAAUCAUGUCUUAUGCUUUUUACCUAACCAUGUACAGCAGCAUCUAUUUCCUGAUGGUGCUCAGUAUUAUGCGUUUCUUGGCCAUAGUGCGCCCCUAUAAAUUUGUGAUGCUCAGAAACACAGACAGUGCCAAAAUAGUGUGCUGCAUAGUUUGGUUUUUUGUUGCGGCAGCUUCUUCCCCAUUGCUUUUAUCUGGGAUUAAAAAUCAGGGAGACAAAGUGAAAUGCCUAGAUCCUGAAAGUAGAAGUGUGCAAACUAUUUUAUUGAUGAACUAUGUGGUUCUUUUGAUAGGGUGCCUUAUACCUUUCACUGUCAUUGUUGUCUGCUACUUCUUUGUUGUCAAAACCUUAAUGAAACCCAGAAACACGCAAAAGAAGAGACCCUCCCAUAAAAAGUCAGCCGCCAUGGUUAUCAUUGUCACUUGUAUUUUUUUAAUUUGCUUUUUGCCUUACCACAUAGUCAGGACGCUUUUUUUGGAGACCUACAGGAUACAGUCCUUGCUGCCCAGCAGUGAGAGCUGUGACUAUAUUAACUGCAUACAUAAGGUAGCUGUGGUCACCCUCUGCCUUGCAGCAUCAAACAGUUGCUUGGACCCGCUGUUGUAUUUCUUUGUGGGAGAAAACUUCAUGUAUUGGUGGAGAAAGCGCAAACAACAGACAGAAUUAAAGCAGCUAAAUACGAAGGACCCUAACUGAGGGCUCUGUGUUUUCAUAUCUUCUGUGAAUUCCAAAAAAAGUGCCUUUACUUGGGAGCUCUUUACUUGAUUGUAUUUUGUGAAUCAUAUUUUAUAGAAUAACUUUUCUAGCCCAGAAGACAUGUUCUGUACAUUACGCUACUGAAUAUUUUUUUAAAUCUUAUUUUUAAACGCUUUUGCAUUUAUUCAAAUCCAAAUGACAGAAUGACUGGGUCAAUAACAUUGUUUCAAAUUACUGUUGAUCUCUCCGAAUUCAUCUGUUUAAUUUGGAUAUGUUCACUCAUGACGAUGGCCGCACGCUUCCCAUUCAGUCUUAUCUUAUGUUUUUUUUUUUUUUUUAUUUUACCAUAACUUCUUUUGUAUGUAUCAUAUCUUGACUGAUCACAACAAUAUAAGGCUUUCUUUUUUACGUGGCUGUUUUUGUAUGUGUGUCUUACAGAUACUGUUAUAACUCAACUGCUAUUCGUUAGAAAACAUUUAGAUUUUAAUCUCAACCCACUUGAACACUUUACGGACACUGGAUGUGGUAAAAUUAUACAGUGUGUAUAUCAACCAUUUCUAGGAAGUUUGACACCUCGUCUAUGGAACAGCUAUCGUAUAUAAUAAAAUGCACGUUGUUGGCAUUUUAAAAGAUGUACUCACUAUUACUUAAAACAUUUAAACUGUAACCAUGUAUACAUCCACAAGAGACAUGUACAUCUGUGUUAAUGUACAGCAUAUAGUAUAUUAAUCUAAUCAUGUACUAGACCAUACAUUAAAGCUUACCUGCCAAUGUAUUUUGUGUUUUAUGUUGCAUGCAAAUUGAGCUUUUUUGUAAUGUAAGCUUUUUUAGAUGCGUUCAACAAAGAGGAUUUGAGCCAUUCUAGAACAGGUCAACCCCUGUUGGAAUUCUCAUUUAGUUCAGGGGAGAUAUGAUUUUCAGCAAAUAAACCAUGAUAACUACACAUAACUACAGGGUGCAUCAAG